AUGGAUAAUGGAAGUUUCGGCUAUAAAGUCCUCCUGUAUAUUAGUUUUAUCUUAUUGCGUUUGCACAUCAAUUUGUCGCCGCUUACACUCUCUGCUUUCAAGAUGGCUCCUCCAAGAGGUAGUUUUUCGGUUAUGUGUUCAAGACUUUACAAGAAAUGGGGUCGUGGUGGUUCUGGGGGUGGGUUCAGGGGUGGUCGGGGUGAUAGAGGUAGAGGAAGAGGUGGCGGAGGAAGAGGAGGAGACAGGGGUACGCCCUUCAAAGCUAGAGGUGGAGGAAGAGGUGGUGGUGGCCGUGGAGGAGGCCGGGGUGGUGGCCGUGGCGGUGGCAGAGGUGGAAUGAAGGGUGGUAGCAAAGUCGUGGUUCAGCCACAUAGACAUGAAGGAAUUUUCAUUGCGAAGGGUAAAGAAGACGCACUUGUUACUAAGAAUCUUGUUCCUGGAGAAGCUGUUUACAACGAGAAAAGGAUAAAUGUCCAGAAUGAAGAUGGUUCCAAAGAUGAAUACAGAAUUUGGAAUCCUUUCCGUUCAAAGUUGGCUGCGGCCAUCCUUGGUGGAGUUGACAACAUCUGGAUUAAACCUGGAGCCAAAGUCCUUUACCUAGGAGCUGCUUCCGGGACCACUGUCUCUCAUGUGUCUGACGUUGUUGGCCCUUCGGGAGUUGUCUAUGCAGUAGAGUUUUCUCAUAGAAGCGGUCGUGAUUUGGUCAACAUGGCAAAAAAACGUACCAAUGUCAUUCCCAUUAUUGAAGAUGCUAGACAUCCAGCUAAAUACAGAAUGUUGGUUGGAAUGGUUGAUGUCAUAUUUUCAGAUGUUGCCCAGCCUGAUCAGGCAAGGAUUUUGGGUUUGAAUGCUUCGUACUAUCUCAAAGCAGGAGGUCAUUUUGUUAUUUCAAUCAAGGCAAAUUGCAUAGACUCCACAGUCCCUGCUGAGGCAGUGUUUGAAAGCGAAGUAAACAAGUUGAAGGCAGAUCAAUUCAAACCAUUCGAGCAAGUCACCCUUGAACCAUUUGAGAGGGACCAUGCCUGUGUGGUUGGUGGAUACAGAAUGCCCAAGAAGAAAAAGGAUACUGCUUAG